AUGACUAGUUCAAAUCGUCUGUUGAUACCAUCAAUAUCGUAUACAUAUUCAAUGAUGAUGGGUUUCAUAUGUAUGGGAAUAUGCUUUUUUUGUACAUUGUGUUGUAUAAUAACAAGAAUAAUUUAUGAGCGUGAAAAACGUGAAAGAAAAAUAACAAAUAUUCAUCGUUUAAUGAUUAAUUUACCUGAAAUUGAUGUGAAUGAAUUACAAGGAAAUAUUUUAAAAGAAAAAGAUUUACCAUUGGGUUAUGGGCAAAUGAUGAGCAUGCUUGGAAAAAAUGUUAAAGAAAUGGAUGAAUUUAAAAAACAAUUACAAAUGUUACCAGUAACAAUAGCAGAAAAAUUAGGAAAUUUUUCGAAAGCAGAUAAAGUUGAUCAUUUACAACGUGCACUCGUUGAAAAUCAAUUUCAUUUUUGA